CUAUCAACACAUUAUGAUAAUAAACAUGAAGGAUUAAUAAAGAAUUUGUUGUAUCUGCCCUCACAUGCCUGUAGGUCACAUUACUUCUCCAUUGGUAUCAUGUGACAGUUUGGGUGUUGUGAACUGUGUACACUUGGCAGGAGUCCGAAUUCGCCCACAAUUGACUGUGAUGUGGGAUGGUAAUGCUAAUUAUUAACUCAGAACACCUCUUCCUCAUUUUCUCUAAGGUCCCAUUUCCCUGCUCUGUUUGCUGGAAGACUAGCAGUUCGCUGCUGUUGUUAUUGUAGUCGUGUGUUGGAGUCCCCCCUUUCAGUCUUCUCUCCUCUCACUCCCUCCCUCCUUUUCCUCUCCUCCAUUGCUUGCUGCUCUAUAUGUGGCUCUCAGGCAGUUCAAAAUGUUUUCCAUAUUAGUUCAGAGCCCUCUUUGAUUUCAAAUAGCUGCAGCCGAGCGGGCUGGCUCGGAGAGGAGCCCCCGGCAGGGAGGGGAGGAGUGGGGCAGGGCAGAGGGGUGGUAAACAGUACAGAGGGCCAGUCAGGGAAAAGAGAGAAGAAGGAAAACUGGAGACAAAAAGAGGAAAAGGGUUGAAGAGAAGAAAGAGGUAAAGAAACAGAAAAUUCUAGGUUUGAAGGAAGACUAAGCCAUUGUGCUUGAGUAAGGAAGACAGGAGGAAGCAUGGGGUCAGACAAGAGUCCAGUGGGGUCUAGUGGAGGGCAGAAGAAGGCCAAGCCUGAUCGAGGAGGCCCAGACGACGAGGGAAGCCACAAAUGCUGUGGCUGCCGCUUCCCACUGCUCAUCGCCCUGCUACAGCUGCUACUGGGCAUCACCAUCACAGUCGUGGCCUUCCUCAUGACCACCAUCAGCCCCUCUCUGCUGGCCAGGGAGACACCCCAUUGGGCUGGAAUCAUUUUGUGUGUUGUAUCUCUCCUGGGCUUUGUGCUCUAUUUCAUCACCUAUUUGCCUGAUGAGAGGACCUACACACAAUUCAUCAUAAAGCUCGUGUUCUUCCUCCUGUGUUCAGUGGGCCUAGUCAUCUCCAUUAUAGUCAUUGCCUUCCAGGGCCACCACUACUCUUUAACCAAUGCCUUCAUAUGCAGGGAGAUAGGCCAGGAUUGUAUCUGCACACUGGAGCCAGAGGACCCCAUCGCACGCACCUUCACCUACGCCGAGGUGACAGACUGCACUGCCGUCACAAGCACUCUCAUGCUGUACUACCUUCUGCAGAUGGUGUUGAACCUAGCUCAGGCCAUUGUCUGCUUGCUAGGAGCUUUCAUCAUGUGGAAGCACCGCUAUCAGGUGUUCUUUGUGGGCUUGCAGAAGAGUUCACCCUCUACUCAGCAAUGGCAGAAAGUUUAAGAGACGGGCAGUGACAGAGGCUUAGCACUGGGAGAAGGGACAAAAAGUUCUCCUGGGAGCAAAACAUGUGGAGUAGUUGAGUGUGUUAUGUGUUGAGAGAAUGUCCAGAAUUUCCCACAGCAUGUCUAUUUGUGUAAGUGUACAGCUGAAGAUGCAUGGCGUGGCAGUAGCAUACUCUACUGUGGUGGCAAAUUACAGUCCUUUUUAGGGCUCCUGUAUUUUUCUGUAUUGGCAUCUGGACAUUUCCACUAAUAUAAAUGUAUACUUGCUUUCACCAGUGUCAAGAAGAAUAUUCUUAUCUAACAGGCUGUAUAUGUGAUCCAACAGGACAGCUGUCAUUCUGGGAGAGCUACAUAUUCACUCUGUUUGCAUAGGAUUUGCAUAUCAAACUGAUGGCCUUAAUAGAUAGCAGUUAUAUGACAAAUCCCCACUGUUACCUUCUCAACGAAAAAGCACUGAUAAGUGUUUUAUGUCUGAAUACGUCAUUUUUAAUCCGCUUGUUUCCUUAAGGCAGUGGUGCUCAAAAAGAGGUCAGUGAUGUAUUGCCAGAGGAUCCUCCGUUUUAUGUCAAUGUGUGAUCAUGGUAAAGAUCACUGUCAAUUUGUUAUAGUUAGCUACUCUUUUUAUAGUUAUUAUUGAUUUAUUAGCCUAAGUAAAAUGUCACCUGAAUUAAAUGGUUACUCAAAACACACUAAUGUGUGUGUUUUUAUUUAUUUAUUAUUAUUUCAAUUUUUAGGAAGUUGUCCAUUUCAUAUUCCAAAACUAAUCCAAAGUUAAUGGUCAGCUUGAAUCUAACCUCAGUUUUAAUAAAACAUGUGGCUAAAGUGCUGUUUAUACAGUAUAUUACAGCAUCUUGAAUCAUUUUAACACAACAAAUGAGACAGAUUGCAACUAUUUCGAGAGCCCCUGGCUUAAAGUAGGUUAAAUAUUGCAAUAUUAAUACUGUAUCUUGGUUGAUUAUGUCCUGAUAUUGCAGUGUAUAAUCACAGUGCAGCUGCCCUUUAUAUUGUUUUAUAUGUUACAAUCUGAUAAAUAUAACAUUGUUUUAUUGAUUUUUGCAUACUUUUUUUUUUGUAUUUUUGUAUGCUCACAAACAUUUCCAUUCCAUCUUCCACUGUGUAACAAUCAAAACUGUCCUUAGUAUGUUUUAGUUACAAAUCAUUGCUUAGACUUGCUUAUUGGCAAUAAUUAAGUAUAAGAUCACAAACAGAAAUAAUCCUGCAUACAGACAGGCAGUUGUAAAUCAUGUCCAGUAAAAGGACAGGCUUGUGGUC